AUGGAGACUGCAAACAGCUUUGUAUUGAUCCAUGGAAAGAACAUCUCCCACAGUGCUGCGGCGGGGGGCACGGCAGGACCCCCCAUGUCCAUAGACAAGCUGUUUCCGGCCCUGCUGGAGUGCUUCGGCAUCAUCCUGUGCGGCUACAUCGCAGGGAGGGCGGACAUCAUCACAGAGAGCCAGGCCAAGGGACUGGGGAACUUUGUGUCUAAGUUUGCUCUUCCUGCGCUGCUGUUUAAGAACAUGGUGCUGCUGGACUUUGGAGACGUCAUCUGGGCCUUUCUGUGGAGUGUGCUGGUGGCCAAGGUCACAGUGUUCGUCCUGGUGUGUGUGCUGACUCUGGUGGUUGCCAGUCCUGAGAGCAGACAGGAGGAGGUACUGAAGGAGGUGUGCAGACAGGAGGAGGUACUGAAGGAGGUGUGCAGACAGGAGGAGGUACUGAAGGAGGUGUGCAGACAGGAGGAGGUACUGAAGGAGGUGUGCAGACAGGAGGAGGUACUGAAGGAGGUGUGCAGACAGGAGGAGGUACUGAAGGAGGUGUGCAGACAGGAGGAGGUACUGAAGGAGGUGUGCAGACAGGAGGAGGUACUGAAGGAGGUGUGCAGACAGGAGGAGGUACUGAAGGAGGUGUGCAGACAGGAGGAGGUACUGAAGGAGGUGUGCAGAGAGGAGGAGGUCCUGAAGGAGGUGUGCAGACAGGAGGAGGUCCUGAAGGAGGUGUGCAGACAGGAGGAGGUACUGAAGGAGGUGUGCAGACAGGAGGAGGUACUGAAGGAGGUGUGCAGACAGGAGGAGGUACUGAAGGAGGUGUGCAGACAGGAGGAGGUACUGAAGGAGGUGUGCAGACAGGAGGAGGAGGAGGUACUGAAGGAGGUGUGCAGACAGGAGGAGGUACUGAAGGAGGUGUGCAGACAGGAGGAGGUACUGAAGGAGGUGUGCAGACAGGAGGAGGUACUGAAGGAGGUGUGCAGACAGGAGGAGGUACUGAAGGAGGUGUGCAGACAGGAGGAGGUACUGAAGGAGGUGUGCAGACAGGAGGAGGUACUGAAGGAGGUGUGCAGACAGGAGGAGGUACUGAAGGAGGUGUGCAGACAGGAGGAGACAGGAGGAGGUACUGAAGGAGGUGUGCAGACAGGAGGAGGUACUGAAGGAGGUGUGUACAGACAGGAGGAGGUACUGAAGGAGGUGUGCAGACAGGAGGAGGUACUGAAGGAGGUGUGCAGACAGGAGGAGGUACUGAAGGAGGUGUGCAGACAGGAGGAGGUACUGAAGGAGGUGUGCAGACAGGAGGAGGUACUGAAGGAGGUGUGCAGACAGGAGGAGGUACUGAAGGAGGUGUGCAGACAGGAGGAGGUACUGAAGGAGGUGUGCAGACAGGAGGAGGUACUGAAGGAGGUGUGCAGACAGGAGGAGGUACUGAAGGAGGUGUGCAGACAGGAGGAGGUACUGAAGGAGGUGUGCAGACAGGAGGAGGUACUGAAGGAGGUGUGCAGACAGGAGGAGGUACUGAAGGAGGUGUGCAGACAGGAGGAGGUACUGAAGGAGGUGUGCAGACAGGAGGAGGUACUGAAGGAGGUGUGCAGACAGGAGGAGGUACUGAAGGAGGUGUGCAGACAGGAGGAGGUACUGAAGGAGGUGUGCAGACAGGAGGAGGUACUGAAGGAGGUGUGCAGACAGGAGGAGGUACUGAAGGAGGUGCAGACAGAGGAACAGGAGGAGGUACUGAAGGAGGUGUGCAGACAGGAGGAGGUACUGAAGGAGGUGUGCAGACAGGAGGAGGUACUGAAGGAGGUGUGCAGACAGGAGGAGGUACUGAAGGAGGUGUGCAGACAGGAGGAGGUACUGAAGGAGGUGUGCAGACAGGAGGAGGUACUGAAGGAGGUGUGCAGACAGGAGGAGGUACUGAAGGAGGUGUGCAGACAGGAGGAGGUACUGAAGGAGGUGUGCAGACAGGAGGAGGUACUGAAGGAGGUGUGCAGACAGGAGGAGGUACUGAAGGAGGUGUGCAGACAGGAGGAGGUACUGAAGGAGGUGUGCAGACAGGAGGAGGUACUGAAGGAGGUGUGCAGACAGGAGGAGGUACUGAAGGAGGUGUGCAGACAGGAGGAGGUACUGAAGGAGGUGUGCAGACAGGAGGAGGUACUGAAGGAGGUGUGCAGACAGGAGGAGGUACUGAAGGAGGUGUGCAGACAGGAGGAGGUACUGAAGGAGGUGUGCAGACAGGAGGAGGUACUGAAGGAGGUGUGCAGACAGGAGGAGGUACUGAAGGAGGUGUGCAGACAGGAGGAGGUACUGAAGGAGGUGUGCAGACAGGAGGAGGUACUGAAGGAGGUGUGCAGACAGGAGGAGGUACUGAAGGAGGGUGUGCAGACAGGAGGAGGUACUGAAGGAGGUGUGCAGACAGGAGGAGGUACUGAAGGAGGUGUGCAGACAGGAGGAGGUACUGAAGGAGGUGUGCAGACAGGAGGAGGUACUGAAGGAGGUGUGCAGACAGGAGGAGGUACUGAAGGAGGUGUGCAGACAGGAGGAGGUACUGAAGGAGGUGUGCAGACAGGAGGAGGUACUGAAGGAGGUGUGCAGACAGGAGGAGGUACUGAAGGAGGUGUGCAGACAGGAGGAGGUACUGAAGGAGGUGUGCAGACAGGAGGAGGUACUGAAGGAGGUGUGCAGACAGGAGGAGGUACUGAAGGAGGUGUGCAGACAGGAGGAGGUACUGAAGGGGUGUGCAGACAGGAGGAGGUACUGAAGGAGGUGUGCAGACAGGAGGAGGUACUGAAGGAGGUGUGCAGACAGGAGGAGGUACUGAAGGAGGUGUGCAGACAGGAGGAGGUACUGAAGGAGGUGUGCAGACAGGAGGAGGUACUGAAGGAGGUGUGCAGACAGGAGGAGGUACUGAAGGAGGUGUGCAGACAGGAGGAGGUACUGAAGGAGGUGUGCAGACAGGAGGAGGUACUGAAGGAGGUGUGCAGACAGGAGGAGGUACUGAAGGAGGUGUGCAGACAGGAGGAGGUACUGAAGGAGGUGUGCAGACAGGAGGAGGUACUGAAGGAGGUGUGCAGACAGGAGGAGGUACUGAAGGAGGUGUGCAGACAGGAGGAGGUACUGAAGGAGGUGUGCAGACAGGAGGAGGUACUGAAGGAGGUGUGCAGACAGGAGGAGGUACUGAGGAGGUGUGCAGACAGGAGGAGGUCUGAGGAGGUGUGCAGACAGGAGGAGGUACUGAAGGAGGUGUGCAGACAGGAGGAGGUACUGAAGGAGGUGUGCAGACAGGAGGAGGUACUGAAGGAGGUGUGCAGACAGGAGGAGGUACUGAAGGAGGUGUGCAGACAGGAGGAGGUACUGAAGGAGGUGUGCAGACAGGAGGAGGUACUGAAGGAGGUGUGCAGACAGGAGGAGGUACUGAAGGAGGUGUGCAGACAGGAGGAGGUACUGGAAGGAGUUGUGCAGACAGGAGGAGGUACUGAAGGAGGUGUGCAGACAGGAGGAGGUACUGAAGGAGGUGUGCAGACAGGAGGAGUGGACGCCCUGUACCGCAGUACUUACCCAGAGUACCUGCAGUACAUUUACCUGGUGGCCCCCGUGUCCCUCAUGGUCCUGAACCCCAUCGGCUUCGCCCUCUGUGAGAUCCAGAGGUGGAGACAGAACGGACACUCAGAGGGAAGCACCUUCCCCAUCGUCGCAGUGGUCAUUCUGAAGUCCAGAGAGUACUGGUGUAUAAGCUCCUGA